AUGAUGAUGAAUACUCUUAUCAAUUCCUCCUUCAUGAAUAGCACAAGCACGCUUGCUGCCUUCAUUCAAUUCUGGUCCAAUAUAUCCACAACUCUCCACAGCACUCAAGUCGUGUGGACGUUUAUGGCAAGUUUACCCUGGAUGUGGAUAUUGAAUUGGAUCUUUAUCAUGAUGACCAUCUUACUCCCAAAUGAAAUAACCUUGUGGCAAUCUGAUGCCUACACAUCGAAUCCCGUUGCAAAUUUUGGUAGUGAUAACUUUGUAAUGCAAUCAGUCACUGGAUAUGUCUAUCAUCAAGUGCCUUUUAAUACUUGGUCGCAUGUUUUGACCUUCCCAUUUGAUUUGACAUGGUGGGCUCUCUACUUGAAUUACUACAGUGAAAUGUGGUUUGGUGAUAGCAUUCUCAUGUAUACUCAUUAUGCUAUUUGUGUGAUGCAACUGAUUACUGUGUGCUUUAGACCUCAGAGUACCUUACCACAGCAAGAAGUGGCUGCAAGUGACAAUUUAAAUCCUGCCACCUCUCUUCCAAAACCUGUGACCAGUGCGAGUAGUGCUCCUGAUAGUUCUACUUCGAAUUUGAGAGAUCCAGCUCAGUCCUUGCUCAUUCCUCCUCAGCAAUUGCAACCACAAGGCAAUCAUGAUACUUCUAGUGUCUCCACAGUCAAUAAUGGAACCACUACCACUGUUGCAACCACUCAAGAGACACCUCAACAAGAAGAACCAUUCUCUUUCAGAGACAUGAUGAGAGAAUUGUACAGAGAAUUUUAUUUUACUCAAUUCUUGGUCGUGUUUUGUGGAUUCACAUUUUGGUACAUUGUGUUGCAAAUGUUACUCCCAGCGCCAACUGUCAUGGUUAAAUUCUUUUGCCCUCAAUUUAUUUUCGAUCAAUUGCCUACCAUCGCUCAAACCAGUGAUAUUUUCUGGUUGAAUAUUUUCAUCGCUUACAAUGUAAUUUUCAGAGUAUUGGGCCAUUGUGCUGAUUAUUUGCCUCCAAUCAUGUUCCUUGGAAAAGAUUUACCAUUUACUUCCAUUGGACAAGGAUUUGCCAUGUUUGGAAAAUUCAGAAGUUGGAGAUGGGUCUUACAAAUUCCAUUCGCCUACUGUUCAGAAUUGUGUGCUGGUUAUCCAGGAAGAUUAUUUGCUUGGAGAAUGUUGGCAGAUGUUAGAGUUGUUUUGAAUUAUUGUGGUGUUGAUGAUCGAAAGCAAAUUAACUUUUUCACAUUGAAUUGGUUUGAAGUUGAUCAUGCCAAAGAUUUAAUUAACCUUCACGGAUGGAAUUCUUGGUCACCAACAUCACACUUGUUUGAAGCUAUUGAAAAGGGACACGUCGAUGACUCUAACAAGACCACUGCUACGACUGCCAAUCCUGCCACCACUUCAACAGAUGCAACCACCACCACAACCAUUACAACUCCAACCCUCUCCUUGUCAACCAAUAAUAAUGAAAGCAACAAGGAUGCUGCCGAACAAUAA